UCUCUCCGCCCGCCCUCGAAGCCCCAGUGAGCAGUGAGGUUGCAGGCGAGCUGUGCGAGCCAACUAGGAGCCCGCGUCCCAGCGCGGCCCGAGCCCGGAGCUGCCCGGGCAGCCCCCGCCGCAGGCUCCAGGGAGCCUUCUGGAACUGACCCACUACAAAGACCCAUCAGUGUGACCUCCUGCCGUAAAGCUGCUGUCCACGUGGACUGGAGCUGACAUCACACACCAACCUGUCAGGACCCCUACAGCCAAGCUCCAGCUCCGAGACAUGGCAACUGAGAGCAGCAAGGUGGCUGAUGGGCAGAUCUCCACUGAGGUCAGCGAGGCCCCUGUGGCCAGCGACAAGCCCAAAACCCUGGUGGUGAAGGUACAGAAGAAGGCUGGGGACCUCCCUGACCGGGACACAUGGAAGGGCCGCUUCGACUUCCUCAUGUCCUGUGUGGGCUAUGCCAUUGGCCUGGGCAACGUGUGGCGGUUCCCAUACCUCUGUGGGAAAAAUGGCGGUGGGGCCUUCCUGAUUCCGUACUUCCUGACGCUCAUCUUUGCGGGGGUCCCGCUCUUCCUUCUGGAGUGUUCUCUGGGCCAGUACACCUCCAUUGGGGGCCUGGGUGUGUGGAAGCUGGCCCCCAUGUUCAAGGGCGUGGGUCUCGCAGCAGCCGUGUUAUCCUUCUGGCUAAACAUCUACUACAUCGUCAUCAUCUCCUGGGCCAUCUAUUACCUGUACAACUCCUUCACCACAACAUUGCCAUGGAAACAGUGUGACAACCCCUGGAACACUGACCGCUGUUUCUCCAACUACAGUAUGGUCAAUACCACCAACAUGACCAGCGCUGUGGUGGAGUUCUGGGAGCGCAACAUGCACCAGAUGACAGACGGGCUAGAUAAGCCAGGGCAGAUUCGCUGGCCACUGGCUAUCACACUGGCCAUUGCCUGGGUGCUUGUGUAUUUCUGCAUCUGGAAGGGUGUUGGUUGGACUGGAAAGGUGGUCUACUUCUCCGCCACAUACCCGUACAUCAUGCUUAUUAUCCUGUUCUUCCGUGGAGUGACACUACCUGGGGCCAAGGAGGGCAUCCUCUUCUACAUCACACCCAACUUCCGAAAGCUGUCAGACUCAGAGGUGUGGCUAGAUGCAGCCACCCAGAUAUUCUUCUCCUAUGGGCUGGGCCUGGGGUCCCUGAUUGCUCUAGGGAGCUACAACUCCUUCCACAACAAUGUGUACAGGGACUCCAUCAUUGUCUGCUGCAUCAACUCCUGCACCAGCAUGUUUGCUGGGUUUGUCAUCUUCUCCAUCGUGGGCUUCAUGGCCCAUGUCACCAAGAGGUCCAUAGCUGAUGUGGCAGCCUCAGGCCCUGGACUUGCAUUCUUGGCAUAUCCUGAGGCAGUGACUCAGCUGCCCAUCUCUCCACUCUGGGCCAUCCUCUUCUUCUCCAUGCUGCUCAUGCUAGGCAUCGACAGCCAGUUCUGUACUGUGGAGGGCUUCAUCACUGCCCUGGUAGAUGAGUAUCCCAGGCUCCUCCGCAACCGACGGGAGCUCUUCAUUGCUGCUGUGUGCAUCGUGUCCUACCUGAUCGGCCUCUCCAACAUCACCCAGGGGGGCAUUUAUGUCUUCAAACUCUUCGACUACUACUCUGCCAGUGGCAUGAGCCUGUUGUUCCUGGUUUUCUUUGAGUGCGUCUCCAUUUCCUGGUUUUACGGUGUCAACCGGUUCUAUGACAACAUCCAGGAGAUGGUUGGCUCAAGGCCCUGCAUCUGGUGGAAACUGUGCUGGUCCUUCUUCACACCCAUCAUCGUGGCAGGAGUGUUCCUCUUCAGCGCUGUGCAGAUGACACCUCUCACCAUGGGAAGCUACGUUUUCCCCAAGUGGGGCCAGGGCGUGGGCUGGCUCAUGGCUCUGUCCUCCAUGGUGCUCAUCCCUGGAUACAUGGUAUACAUGUUCCUUACCUUAAAGGGCUCUCUGAAGCAGCGCCUCCAGGUCAUGAUCCAGCCCAGUGAAGACAUCGUGCGCCCUGAGAAUGGCCCGGAGCAGCCUCAGGCCGGCAGCUCAGCCAGCAAGGAGGCCUACAUUUAGGGGUGUGGCCCCUUGCCACCCCAACGCUGACACACCCUGGAGUGGCUGUACCUACACCCCUUGAAGACUGAAGAUGCCCUGUCUCCACCUACCUCAAGGGGCAGGUCUAGACACCAUCACCGUGCAGAAAGGGGAGGUGGGAGACAGUCCAACCCUGGGUGGGCCCUGUGUGGGCAGCCACCCCAGGGGCUUCCACAGCAGGCUGGUGACCUUUCUGUCCAGCCCCAUAGCAUGAGCAGGUGGCUGGCCUUUGUCACUGCCACCGUAGCUCAUUUUUAUCCUGCCAGAGAGGGUGACAACUGAGGCCACACACUCCUGGUUUUUAGUCAUACUCAGACUGUUCUCCUGCCCAAACUGUGACUGUUAUCUCAGACUUUCCUGCCUGCCUUGGCUCUGGACCCAGGCUGUGGACCAGGACCAGGAUGUUUUUGUACACAGUCCACAGGGAGCCAGCAUGCUCUGCCUCUUCUCAACUGAUUGCUCCUUCCCAAGGCAGCUGCACAUUCAUAGACCCACCCCAGACACCUCAGUGACUGCUCCAGGAGCCUUGUGGAGAGGGUCCUUUGUCCCUAUGACCCUGUGACCCUGUGAUCCAGGCAGCUCAGUGCUCUUGCCCCGCCUCCCCGGGUGGCACUGUCAGCAGCAGCCCAGACAGAAGGGACCUGUGUGCUGGGGGAGAAAAAAAAAAAAAAUAGCCACAAGCACAAUUGACUUCUUUGGUCACCAUUCCUCUGGGGUCCUUCCCCAAGCAGGAGCUGUGACUCUUCUGAGCUGCCCAGGGUUGCAGAGUGCAGAAACCAAGGUAAGGGAUCUGUUUGGAGUCAGGACAGAUCCAGCUGGCCCUGGUUUCCCUCUUAGAUUGUCACUGUCACUGCCACUGCCACUGCUUCCCCAGCUGCCACCUCCUCACCAUUCUGGAAAUUCCUCAGAUGUACCUGCCCACUAACAGAGGAGCAUUAAUCCAGAGGCUUUCCCCACCCCUCCCCAGUGCUCUGCCUCCCUUGCUAACCUGCUCCUGUCAGAAGUGUCACUUCUUCCUUCUGACAUCUGGCUCUGUGUUGUUUGCAGGGAAGCCAGUAGAGUUUCUCGAAAGUUCCAGCAGCUCAGCCUCUCUCAUCUGCUGAGAGGAUGGGCUCCCAUGUAGCAAAGUGUAUGUCAUGUCCCAUAGCUCCUUAGCUCGAUAGCUCACAAACUGUGUGUUUUAUGGCUAAUCCUUAAUAACUAUGGUGAAUAACUGUGACUGUGGGUUUUUUAAAUCUUGUCAUUCUCAUCCAAAAGUGACCAGCAUUCCCAUUCUUGCAAUAAGCUGUUACCCUCAGAGUAUUAAGCACACUAGGUAGAGAAUGCAAACAUGUAUGCACAUAGAAAUGCACACACAUGCACCCUCACGUGUGGCAUUUAGGGUUUCUGUGAUCUUGUGUAGGCAAUCCACCAGCUUUCCCUGAGGCUCCCUGUAAAAGGGUCACUUGGCUGAGGCAUCGCCCUGCUUAGUGCUGACUCUGUGAUCCACUUGCACAGGUGUGGUCACCAGAGUCCAGGGUGUAGAAUACAAGGACCCUACACUGUGUCUCAUGGCCCCAUCCCUCCCCGACCUGUGUGUGAAGCCCUGUUAGAAUGAGAGCAGGAGAAUUCCUUAUCUCUGCUCUGUGUUCUUUAAUGUGAAACUGAAAACAAGUCUUUUUAAGAUAAAUGCAGUAUAUUUAAUGUUUGUAAGCAACUCUAACUGAGAUGUUUGGCAAGAAAUCCCCUGAUUUCCACCCAAACUUACCUUAUAGAGCACAACGUUAAGUGUCUACAAUUACCGUGAGAGCUGUGAAUAUGUGUAACUUUUCUUUUUUAGUAUUUGCCCAGAGGGAAAAUGAUAUUGUAUUACCAUAUAUGCUUUUGUUUUUGCAAUAAGGAUUUAUUCUCAGAACACCAAGUAAAUCUAUCUCUAUAUAAAAAGUAUAUGUAAUAUAUGCAUAUUCAAGCUAUAUACAGAGCCUGUUUUAAAAAAUUACAGUAUUAUUUAGUAAAAUUAUCUGUUCUAUGGACCAAAUGUAAAAUAUUUAUACACGAAGAUGCAUUUUAAAUGUCUAUAAAUGAUGUCACAACUAGAGCACGGGCGUUAUGUAAGUUUCUAAGAAUUUAGAGGAAAAAUAAUAAAGGUUCUAUGAUAUGCA